CUGCCAGUAACCUCUGAACAGACCUCAUAAUCGAUCUCAGAUUCAGUGAUCUGCUAUGAUCCACGCUUUCAUCUUACAAUGGAGAAGCCUGUCGGUGCUUUACAAGAGCAAGCUUUAAAAAGAAAGGAAAGACUAAAAGCGUUACGAGAUCGACAGCUUCAAGGACGGGCACCUGAGGAUGGAGAGCCUGAAAGCAAAAGAGCCCUGGAGGAGUCUGAAGAAGAGCAGAGACACAGAGAGCUAAAGCUGAGGAAUUACACCCCAGAGGAUGAGGAACUGAAAGAGAGACAGGUGCCCAAAGCAAAACCUGCAUCAGUGGAGGACAAGGUCAAAGAGCAACUGGAAGCAGCAAACCCAGAGCCUGUUAUUGAGGAAGUGGAUCUAGCCAAUCUUGCCCCCAGAAAACCAGACUGGGAUCUGAAGAGAGACGUUGCCAAGAAGCUUGAGAAAUUAGAGAGGCGAACACAGAAAGCCAUUGCUGAACUUAUACGUGAUCGGCUCAAGGGCAGCGAGGAAGAGCUGGCGGGAGCAGUCGGAGCAGUUGCCUUGGAGGAGGGGGAUUCGGAAUGACCUGACAAAUUGUCUAGAUCUUCAGUGUCUUGAUAUAGCGGCAGAUGACAUGAGCUUACAACCAGAUGUGUUUGUAUUUGUGUGGAAUUAGUGAAUGUGAUACAGAAAGAAUGAUAAAGGAGGUUUUUCUUUAUAUGGUUUGUUGUGGAGUACACAGAGAAGUUUUUCUCUUUUUUAUUAUUUGAGAUUUAUAAGUAAACAAACCUUUUUCUAAAUUGA